AUGUCCGAAGAAUCAAAACCCGUCAAGGGUAAGGGAAAAGAAAAAGAGAAGGAAAAGGAAAAGGAAAGGGCUGCUAAGAAGAUUCAUAAAGCUAUUGAUGGACUCUCUAAGGACCAAGUAACCCAACUUCUCGACCUCAAUCCUGCCCUCGCGAACGAACUUGGCAGUAGUAGUAGCAAUGAUGAUGUUAAUUCCGCCACCGACGCUCUUAAGCGCCUUAAUCUCCAGGAUAUUAUGACGGGGUUGGCUUCCAGUGGGAAAAAUGUCAAGGAUAUGGGCGCCUACAAGUUCUGGGCCACCCAACCUGUCCCCAGAUUUGGAGAAGAUAACCCCGAUCAGCCUAUCGAAGAAGGUCCUAUCAGACUCCAGACAGUCGAAGAGAUUCCCAAGACACCUGCACCUCUACUCGACGGCUUCGAAUGGUCCACCUUAGACUUACUUGACGAUAGCCAGCUGAAGGAGGUAUGGGAACUACUAAAUGGUCAUUACGUUGAAGAUGAUGAAGCUAUGUUCCGCUUCAAUUAUUCCGCUAGUAUCCUUAAAUGGGCGAUGAUGCCACCCGGAUGGAAAAAAGAAUGGCACCGAGGAGUUCGGGCCUCACAUUCCAAGAAGUUAGUUGCAUUCAUCGCUGCUAUUCCCGUCGAGCUGCGCGUUAGAGACAAGGUAUUACAUGCCUCUGAGGUCAACUUCCUUUGUAUACAUAAAAAACUUCGCUCCAAGCGUCUUGCUCCGGUACUUAUUAAAGAGAUAACGCGCCUGUGCAACUUGGAAGGUGUCUUCCAGGCCAUUUAUACCGGAGGUAUCGUGCUCCCAAAGCCUGUGAGCACCUGUCGAUAUUACCACCGAGCUAUUAAUUGGCAGAAACUAUACGAAGUCGGAUUCAGCCCCUUACCACCAAACAGCAAGCCCCAGUUCCAGAUCAGGAAAUACGCCGUGCCGGAACGAACUUCAAUCAGGGGACUAAGAGAGAUGCAAAAGAAAGACGUUGGUGCUGUUCAAGAUCUUCUCACUCGGUACUUGGCCAAGUAUGAGUUGGCCGCCGAGUUUGACAAGCAGGAAGUCGAACAUUGGCUACUGCACAACAAAAAAAAUGCCCUAGAAGAGCAAGUCGUCUGGACUUACGUUGUCGAGGAUGAACAUAAGAAAAUUACUGACUUUGUCUCGUUUUAUUGUCUCGAAUCCUCGGUUAUCGGACCCUCUAAACACUCAAACGUGAAAGCAGCUUACCUCUUCUACUAUGCUACCGAAACAGGACUCACCACUCCUGUCGAUAAGGAGGCCUUGAAACCCCGUCUUAAUGCUCUUGUUUCAGACUCUUUAGUGUUCUGCAAGCAGUAUCAAUUUGACGUCUACAACGCCCUCUCGCUCAUGGAUAACGGCUUGUUCCUAGAAGAACAGAAAUUCGGUCCUGGAGAUGGUCAGCUCCACUAUUAUCUUUUUAAUUACCGAGCGAAUCCGAUAGCUGGUGGAGUUGAUAAAAGAAACCGCUUAGACACCGAGGCACUAAGUGGCAUUGGGUUCGUCAAACACUCCAAGAUCGUCAGAGGUAUUAGUCGCUAA